CCGGCCCAUGAUCAUUCAUACCAUACGGCCAUACUUCUAUGAUUUAUCUGGUGAUGUGACACAGUAAUCGCGUUGCUCAUGCAGCCAGGCACCAUGAACCUGAUGGUUACUCACAAACACCACCUCUCCCCUUCACUCCUCCCACACACAAUUCACAGACUCGAAGCCUCCAAAAUUAAACUCAACCAUCAGGAAGCAACCUCUCCUCUUCCCCCGCCAAUUGAACAAUUCAACCUGGAAGAGACCAAGCAAAUCCAUUCCCACAUGAUCAAAACCCAUUUUGACCCAAGCCAUCCCCUUCCCUUUGACUCCAUUCAACGGCAUUCCAGCCCUGCCUCACAAUUCAACUUCCUCAUCACUUCAUACAUCAAGAACAACAGACCCAGAGACGCGCUAUCAAUCUAUGCUCAUAUGCGCAACUCCGAUGCCGAAGUCGACAAUUUUACCGUACCGUCCAUCCUCAAAGCAUGCAGCCAGCUCUCGUGGGAACAGCAAGGGAAAGAGAUACAUGGGUUCGUAUUAAAGAAUGGAUUGGAUAUGGAUGUUUUUGUGAAUAAUGCAUUGAUACUUGUGUAUGCUGAAUGUGGAAGCAUCAACUCAGCACGGCAGAUGUUCAAUAAAAUGCCGGAAAGAGAUGUGGUGUCUUGGAGUACGAUGAUCAGAACCUAUAGUCGGAGUACCUCCUACGAUGAAGCAUUGGAUCUCAUCAGAGAAAUGCAUCACUUGCAAGUGAGGCCCAGUGAAAUUGCCAUGAUAAAUAUGAUAAAUCUUUUUGCAGACAUUGGGAUAAUGGAGAUAGGGAGGCCUAUGCACGCUUAUGUCAUAAAAAGCAGCAGCUCUGUAUCAAUUCGCACUCCUACUGUUACUGCUUUGAUAGACAUGUAUGCCAAGUGUAGAAGUAUAACUCUAGCGCGACGGCUUUUUGACAGAUUAACACACAAAAGCAUUGUGUCAUGGACUGCCAUGAUAGCAGGAUACAUUCGUUGCAAUUGCUUUGAAGAGGGAGUGAAACUUUUUGUGGAGAUGCUGGAAGAAGGUGUGAUUCCUAACGAGAUUACGAUGCUCAGUCUGGUUUUAGAGUGUGGAUCUACAGGGGCUAUAGAGCUGGGCAAGCAACUGCAUGCCUACAUACUCAGAAAUGGAUUUAACAUGUCGGUUGCUUUAACCACAGCUCUGGUUGAUAUGUAUGGCAAGUGUGGUAGGAUUUCAAGUGCAAGAGCCCUCUUUGAUGCUAUGGACGAGAGAGAUGUCAUGACAUGGACUGCUAUGAUCUCAGCAUAUGCACAGACCAAAUGCCUUAACCAGGCUUUAGAUCUAUUUAUCCUUAUGAGAAAUGCAGGCAUAAAGCCCAAUGAGGUAACCAUGGUGAAUAUCCUUCCGCUGUGUGGAGAUGCAGGAGCCCUCGAUUUAGGCAAAUGGAUCCAUGCUUACAUAGACAAGCAAGGGAUACAUACAGAUGUUGUUCUAAUGACGGCACUGGUAGAUAUGUACGCCAAGUGUGGAGACAUAGACGCUGCACGGUGGAUAUUCACUAAAGCUACCAACAGGGACAUCUGCAUGUGGAACGCUAUGAUGAGUGGGUUUGCCAUGCAUGGUUGUGGUGAGAAAGCCUUGGAACUCUUCUUGGAAAUGGAGAGAAGAGGAAUCAAACCCAAUGAUAUUACAUUCAUAGGGGUUCUUCAUGCUUGUAGUCAUGCUGGAUUAGUGGCUGAAGGACAGAGGCUUUUUGGUAGAAUGGUACAUGAAUUUGGCUUGAACCCUAAGGUUGAACACUAUGGAUGUAUGGUGGAUCUUCUUGGUCGAGCUGGACUGCUUGACAAGGCACAUGAAAUGAUAAACAGCAUGCCCAUCAGGCCAAAUGCCAUCGUCUGGGGGGCCCUGCUUGCUGCCUGUAAGAUUCAUAAAAAUACAACAUUGGGGGAAUUGGCUGCAAGACAGCUUCUUGAGCUGGAACCCCUUAACUGUGGUUACAACGUACUGCUAUCAAAUAUCUAUGCAUCUGCAAAAAGAUGGAAUGAUGUUGCAGAGGUAAGAAGAACUAUGAAGGAAACGGGAAUUAAGAAAGCACCGGGACUAAGUUCAAUUGAAGUAAACGGGGUGGUUCAUGAGUUUAUAAUGGGUGAUCGGACACAUCCAAAAACCCAAGAAAUCUAUGAAAUGCUAGGUGAAAUGAUGAAGAASCUGAAACACAUAGGCUAUGUGGCCAACACAUCAAUGGUUCUACUUAACAUAGAUGAGGAAGAAAAAGAAACAGCACUUAACUAUCAUAGUGAGAAAUUGGCCAUGGCUUUUGCUCUUAUUAGUACAGCUCCAAGCACCCCCAUUCGAGUUGUGAAGAAUUUACGUGUUUGUGAUGAUUGUCACUCUGCUACUAAACUUUUUUCUAAGAUCUAUGGAAGAGUAAUUAUAGUCAGAGACCGCAAACGCUUCCACCACUUCAGUAAUGGAUCUUGUUCUUGUGGAGAUUAUUGGUAGUGGUGUGAAAGGAGAUAUCAUGGUUCAAAGCAUCCACACAUUAUUUUUUGAAGUUGUUGAUACACAAAAUACAAAGAAUGAUAUGUGUAGGUGUGAAGUUCAAGCCCGUUAAACUUUUUGAGCAUUGUGUUUGGCCCACUUGGAAGAGGAAGAACUGGUGGUGUGAAGGAGAGUGGCUUGGUUUGAAACCAGCAACUUUGCCCAAUGGUGUUGUGUAACGUUAUAUUUAAAUCACCAAUGCAAAACCAUGAGUCUCUAUAGGUGGCACAAUAUCCUUUCA